AUGGUAUGUUCGGUUCAAGAGUUCCAAGACACACAGAAGUGGGAGUUACAUAAUGUCAUUUUUGUUUACAUUGAAAUCGUGGUUAUUGUGAUGGCUAUUGUGGCACAUUGUAUAUUCUCUGUAGCUAUUCGAAAGACACAACUUUUGAAUCGGGUUACCAAGGUUUUGACGCUACAUCAAUGGAUUGGCAUGAUGUUGUAUACACCUACUAGGUAAGAUUAUUUGUCAACUUAAUAUAGUGUAGUUUAGGGUUUAAAAAACAUUUGAGAAUUUAAGAGGAAAGUGCCCGAUCUACUCUGCUCUUAUUAACUUUAAACUUUUUACAUAGCAAGACCAUGUAAAUAUUAGAUCUUCAGCAAAGUACUGAACCGCUCUUUUCAGUCAAUCUCGGAAAAAUGAAAACUAAAAAAUUAAGUUUUGAAUUUUUCGCCAAAUUGGCACUAUGUUUCAAGCUUUGUCUAACUUUGUUAUUUUUUGAAAUUUAAUUAUUAUUCUUUGAUAUACUAGUAAAAAACCUUUAAAUGAACCUACAUUUUUAAAUUUGUAACCUUAACUUGCUUGAAAAGUCAAUAAAAGUGCUUGAAACACAAUGCCAAGUUUUUAAAAUUAGCGGAAAACUCAAAUAUUUCAAGUUUAAAACUCGAAAGCGCGAGAUAAAGUUUUUUAUAGGUACUAGUAUUAGUAAUAGUACUAAAAAUUUUAUUUAAAAACUUUGAGCUGAUUCUUGGUGAGACAAGUUGGGUAUUUUCCCUCUUGUUAGUUUUUCUAUUUUAAAACCAUUUUUUAAGUUACAAACCGAAUGGUUUACAUGUCUUCACCUGUCGUGUAUCAAUUAUUUAUUCUUUAUAUACUUUUAAAAUUGUUUGUAACACAAUACAUAAAGUUAUAAUAUCUUUUCUAUUGCUUUACAAACCUACGCACAAUAUCUUUAUCAAAUUACAAGUAAUACAAUUAUCUUACAGAGAUAUGACAUUAUCUGAAAUUGUAUUUUUGUUGUCAGAUGAUGCGAUUUAAAUACAUUUUUAAAAAAAAAGUACAGUAAUUUGGUUUUGUACAGUAAAACUUUAAAAGCAAGCUUUAAAAACUAUUUGAACAGGUACUAGUAUAUCUAUUGAUUAACAUUAAUGAACUAUAAGUACUCUUUCAGACUCGUAUUACUGUACUUCCGAGUACACAACCAAGAAAUGCUAAAGCUGUCAAGUCUUUUGUUUGUCAGUAAUCUACACGAUUUGGCCUUAGAGUCGCAUUACGCUAGUGUUUUUACAACUGCAUUGGCCAUAACAUUGUAUUCAAGAUGGUAUACUCUAGGAGAAGGAUUCAGGUCGUGGCUGUUUCUUGGAUUUAUUAUUCUUCUUACUUGGUGCAUACCAUUGGGACUUCACGCGAUACUUUCAUGUGAGUAAAAAAAUUGAGUUUUUAUUUUUGUAGUUAUUUAUAUGUUAUGUAUAUUUGUUAGUAACUGACCUUUUCCUAAUCGGCAGGAAACUCAAAUAUUUAAAUUUUAAAAUUCAAAAGCGCGGACUAAAUUUUUUAUAGGUACUAUUAAUGUUACAAAAAACGCAAAAAAAAUUUUGAGUUGAUUCUGAACGGGGCAACUUGAGUACUUUCUUUGUUCUGCUUUUUAAAAUAAAGAAAAUUUAAAAAUAAUUUAACAAUAGUACAUAAGAUUAAUAUUUUCAGAUAGCUUGGUUGCUUACGAGGCUUCUAUUAUCUUUAGUGUCAUUGUCCUUCGAAAAAACUUGCAUGCAAAUUCAGUAGAUUACCGAACUAAUAUAACUGGCGACGUGACAAAUAAGUCAAAGGUAACACAUAUUAGAACAAUAAUAUAGAUGCUUACUACACUUUUGGAGUUUUAGACUGCUAUAUAACACUAUUUGUCUUAGUUUAUGGUAUAAAAAACAAUCAUUUGAAAGUUGAGUUUUAGUUUCAGAUUAGCGUCAACAUCCGAAGCCUAAAACUUUUGUCGAAAAUUACAGUUUUCACUUCGAUACGACUGUGCAUAGCUAUUGCUGCUUUGAGUAUUGUCUUCUACAUACCCAAUUGGUACGUUAAAUUUUUGUUUUAUGAGUUUUGCCUACUACAAUAUAACUUUUUUGAUGAAAAUGAAUAUCUUUUUACGUUUUAAUAACUAUUUUUAUUAUUAAUUUAAGUGUUUAUACAAAGAAGCAUUAGUUGUCGCCCAGCUUCAUGACAUUACCUUUGAACUUUUCGAAUUUAUCAUACCUGUGUACCUGUUUUGUACAGAAAAGACGCUACGCGAUGUUUUAAGGUAUGACUAAACUAGUUAAAUAUAUCAAGUUGUUCAACUAAUUCAGUGCCCCUUUUAACUUUAAAAAUCUUUUUAAGAUGGGCACAGAACUGUUUGAACAAUCUAGUAGUUAAAAAUAUAACUUUUGAAAUAAUGACAAGUACAUAUUCGACUCUACAUUUGCUAUAAAAUUCAAUUAUCGCAACAUUAAUAACUGAGUAAUUUCCAGAAGUAACAAAGGAAAUCAUGUAAUAGAGACAACCAAUGCACUUGGCCAUAAAUUGGUUAUGGAGAAUACUGCCAAUGAUUACUUCUCACAACUUGAAGCACAGUGGACUCGAUAA